GCGGCCGCCCAGCUGCCGCGACCAGAGAGCAAGAGACCGGUGCGCGCGGCCCGGUUCCGCCGGCUGACGGCGGCGGCCCGGCCCAGCGUGCCCAAGGGCAAGGGGCGCCGCAUCAUCUUCAAGAAGAGCGCUGUCCGGGCGCCACUGGCUGUGGCCACGCCGGUGACGUCGAACUGUUUGUUCCACAAGGGCAUCUACUACCAGGUGGGGGACAUCGUGUCACUGGUCUCGCUGGAGGGUGAGACCUACUACGCCCAGAUCCGCGGCCUCAUGCAAGACCAGUACUGCGAGAAGUCAGCCGUCAUCUCCUGGCUGCUACCGACGCAGGCCAGUCCUCCCCCCGAACGGGAGUUCGACCCGUCCACCUACGUCAUAGGACCGGACGAGGACAUUCCUCGGAGACUGGACUGCAUGCGGCUGGUGUGCAGCGCGCCCUCCGACUACUUCCGACAGCGGCACGCGCCGUACCCGACGGCAGCGCGCGCCGGACGUGCCGGCUUCGUGUUCAGCCGGCUGGGUCCGCGCGCCAUCCCGGCCCACCGCGCCAAAGAGUUCAUGGUGUGAUGGCGGGCGGCUGGCGGCCGGGGAUGCCGAACGGAGCCGCUGGGGGAGCUGGAGGACACGAUCUGAUGCCGCUCGAGCAGUCGGUGGAGAGGAAUAGACCACACUACCACGUCCGGACUGGGGUGUCUGGGGCCUGGGGGCGUGUCGUCUGAGGUCUGUGGUGUGAGGCCUGCCACCCCGUACAGUGCGCCAUGACUGGUAUGGUGGACUCGCACCGCGACAGGACAGGGAUCACGUCGGACGUUGGGACGGGAAAGUAGGGAGGGGAAGGGAGGGAAAGUAGGGAAAGUAGGACAGGAAAGCAGGGAGGCGUUGUGCGAUGCAGUGCUAGGCAACCGGUAGCUAACUACGGAUGCGUCUCGCGGCCAGCGUCGGCGCAACCACUGCGACAACACGCGGCGUGUGUGCGCUUCCAUGCCGCGUAUUGUUGCGGGCCUCUGCAGCCGUGGAGUCGCGCCAGUCAACAGACGGGCGCGUGCUCUCGGCGUGGUGCUCUCUUUUGUUGCGUGCUCAUCGUCACAGAUUUCGAAUAAUAAAGUUCAUCAUCACUGA